AUGCCUACCGUUUUACUCACUGGUAUCUCAGGAUUCCUCGCAGCUCACGUAGCUCUCAAUUUCCUCGAACACGGAUGGACCGUCCGAGGAACUCUCCGAUCACCUUCCAAGAAAGAUGAAAUCCUUGCCAUCCCAGAGUACAAGCCGUACGUCGAUUCAGGUAAACUUGAACUGUUCGUCACUGGAUCAUUGGAGAAUGGAGAUUACACCGAAGCCAUCAAGGGGGUAGAUGCCGUCGUACAUACCGCUUCACCAGUCGAAUUUGGUGAUGCCGAAUAUAGAGAAUCUCACUUGGCUCCUGCUUUACAAGGUACCACUAGUGUACUUGAAGCUGCUGCUAAAGAACCUUCCGUCAAAUCUGUCGUAGUCACCGGUACUUUUGGAUCGGUCGGUAAACACACUGAACAUCCUCAUACUCAGAAGGGUUUGGUCCUCGACGAGAAAGACUGGAACCCUUACACUCUUGAGGAUAUGGACAAGAUAGUUGAGAAUGGUGGAAAAUCUGACAAUCCCGUUUUCCCUCCUGGCGUGCUAUUCUAUAUGAGUUCCAAGAAAGAAGCCGAAUUGGCAGCAUGGAAGACUCAAGAAGAAUCAAAGAAGAACGGAGGUCACGAUUGGUCUCUUGCAGUCAUCAACUGUGUGAUGAUCUUCGGUCCACCAAUUCAACCUCUCAAAUCUCUCAGCCAGGGUGGUAUGUCGACUGAAGUCGUAUAUGCUCUUGCAAAAGGAAAAGACGUUCCUAUCGCCCCUACUCUUUUCACUUAUUACGUCGAUGUACGAGAUGCAGCUGAAGCGCAUUAUCAAGCUGUCGUUCGAAAUGCUCAAGGGAGAUUCAUCACUUCUGCUGGACCAUACGACUAUCAGGAAUUCGCUGAUAUCGCUCGAGGACAAUUCCCUGAACAGGCCGACAGAUUCUCAAUUGGCAAUCCUGGUAAAUAUGCUUAUGUCGAUCCUGGUACUUACACCCUCAAGAACGAUAAGAUCAAGAAAGAACUUGGUAUACAAUUCCGACCUAAGGAAGAUACUGUUAAAGAUGCUUUCGCAAAGUUCUUUGAGUUGGAGAAGAAAGGAUUGAACUAA